CCCCUUUUUGUCGUUUAGAAAGUUGAGCGUGGGAGCGAUAGACGCUCCAUUCUUACUCAUUAGUCUGUUUGAAUGAAGGUCCUGUCGACACUCGAUCGAACCAUUCAUGCCUCUUCGCAUCAGCAUUCGUGUCUGCAUCCAUCCUUCGUGCUCACACUCUCUAGUGCAUUGAAUCUUUCCCGCCGUGUCACGCCUGUCCCUGCCCAAAUAAGGCUCUCACAUUCUCUGUUCACCUACUGCUUUAAAUCGUCCCCCACUUCUCGUUUCUCUUCUUUACAUCACUCUUAUCCUUCCUCUUCUUCUUCACAUACUCUCAGUCUCUUCUCUCGACCCAUCUUUUCCACCUUACCGCGUUCAGGACCCCUCGGUUACAAGACCCUCCUCACGCUUCGCUCCUUACCCCGGCAUUCUAAUUUUCAUCCUUAUUCUUUGCACACCUCCACCCUUGCUUUAAACACUCGCAGUUCGUUCAAUAUGGCCAAGAUUAUUGACGGAAAGGCCAUUGCCCAAAAACUACGCAACGACAUCAAGUCUCAAAUUGAGGAAGUGCGCAAGACAGCUCCAAGUUUCAGUCCAAAGCUUUCUAUCAUUCAAGUUGGAGAACGCGAGGAUUCGAGCGUCUAUGUCAAUAUGAAGAAGAAGGCGGCCAAGGAGGCUGGCAUGGAUUUUGAGCUUUUCCACUUACCUGCAACCAUCACUCAGUACGAGUUGUUGUCUAGAGUUCAAGCCUUGAAUAAUGACCCUAAAGUACAUGGAAUUCUCGUUCAGCUCCCUCUUCCUGAUCACUUGGAUGACAGAAUCGUCACAGAGGCAAUUGAUCCUAAGAAGGAUGUUGACGGUUUCCAUGCAAUCAACAUCGGCCACCUUUCUAAGCGCGCCUCAGAGCCUGCAUUUGUUCCAUGUACUCCCAAGGGCGUCAUUGAACUCAUCAAGUCAACUGAUGUGGUCAUGGCUGGCAAGAAAGCUGUUGUCGUUGGUCGCAGUGAUAUUGUUGGAACUCCUGUGUUUAGCCUGUUGACCAAGAAUAACUGCACAGUCACAUUGUGCCACUCUAAGACCAUGAAUCUACCCGAGAUUGUUAAGACUGCCGAUAUUCUUGUUGUUGCCAUCGGAAGUGCUGGAUUCAUUAAGGGCGAGUGGAUCAAGGAAGGAGCCGUGGUUAUUGAUGUCGGAACUAAUGCUGUUGAAGACUCUACAAAGAAGGCUGGAAUCCGUUGGGUUGGAGAUGUGGAAUAUGCUACUGCAUCGCAGCGCGCCGGUCAUAUUACCCCUGUCCCUGGUGGUGUUGGUCCCAUGACUGUGGCCAUGUUGAUGCAGAAUACCUAUCUUUCAGCUGUCCGUUUCCUGAAUGAAGGUCGUCACCGCACCAUUAACCCUCUACCAUUGCAGCUCUUGGACCCCGUCCCUAACGACAUCGACAUUGCCUUGGCUCAGAAGCCUAAACCUAUCAAAUUCAUUGCCGAUGAACUGGGGAUUUUGCCUUGCGAGCUUGAGCUCUAUGGAGAGUACAAGGCCAAGGUCAGCUUGGAUAUUUUGGAGCGUCUAUCACACCGUAAGAAUGGUCGCUAUGUUGUCGUCACAGGAAUUACACCUACUCCCUUGGGUGAGGGCAAGUCAACGACUACUGUUGGUUUGGUUCAGGCAUUAGGUGCUCAUUUGGACAAGAUUGCUUUUGGAUGUGUCCGUCAGCCGUCGCAGGGCCCUACAUUUGGAAUCAAGGGUGGAGCUGCAGGAGGCGGAUACUCCCAAGUGAUUCCUAUGGAUGAGUUCAACUUACAUUUGACAGGAGAUAUUCAUGCGGUGACCGCUGCCAAUAAUUUGCUUGCUGCAGCCAUCGACGCGCGCAUAUUCCAUGAGAAGACCCAGUCAGAUAAAGCGCUUUUCAGUCGCCUUUGCCCCACUAAGAAGGGCAAGAAAGUUUUUGCGGCCGUGAUGCUGGGUCGCCUCCAGCGUUUGGGCAUCAAUAAAACAGAUCCUGCAGAAUUGACACCUGAAGAAGUAUCUCGUUUCGUUCGUCUAGAUAUUGAUCCUGAAACGAUUACUUGGCAACGUGUCAUGGAUACCAAUGAUCGCUUCUUGCGUAGAAUUGAGAUUGGACGUAAUGACACCGAGGCUGGUCAUGAACGUAUGACUGGAUUCGAUAUUGCAGUCGCUUCUGAAGUUAUGGCAGUUCUUGCCCUCAGCACUGACCUUAAGGAUAUGCGUGAACGUCUUGGAAAGAUGGUGGUUGCUAGCAGCAAAGCUGGUGAGCCAGUCACUGCUGAUGAUAUUGGCAUUGGUGGCGCUUUGACUGUGCUAAUGAAGGACGCCAUUAAGCCCAAUGUGAUGCAGACAUUGGAGGGAACACCGAUGUUUGUCCAUGCUGGACCCUUCGCCAACAUUGCACAUGGCAAUUCCUCCAUCAUCGCUGACCGCAUUGCACUCAAACUGGCUGGUAUCGAGCCUGGCGAGAAUGAGGAGAUGAUGGGCUAUGUUGUCACAGAGGCUGGAUUUGGUGCUGAUAUUGGCAUGGAGAAAUUCUUUGAUAUCAAGUGCCGCACUAGCGGAUUGGUUCCCGAUUGUGCUGUCCUUGUCGCAACAGUCAAGGCGCUCAAGAUGCACGGAGGUGGACCCGAGGUCACACCUGGCAAGCCCCUACCUGAGGUUUACAACAGUGAGAACUUGGAACUGUUGGAAUCAGGAUGUGAUAAUUUGAAGAAGCAUAUUGAGAACGCCAAGAAAUUUGGAGUACCAGUAGUGGUAGCCAUCAACAAGUUCACAUCCGACACAGAUGCAGAGAUGGCGUUGAUCCGUAAGAUUGCUUUGGAGGCAGGAGCAGAUAAUGCUGUUGCGUGUGAGAACUGGGCAAAGGGCGGUUUGGGUGCCGUGGAACUGGGACAGGCGGUGAUCCAGGCAUGCAGUAAACCAAUUAAUUUCAAGUAUCUGUACUCACUGGAGUCGGAUAUCGCAUCCAAGAUCGAAACAAUCUCAAAGGAGAUGUAUGGAGCUGAUGGUAUUGAACUUUCAGACUUGGCCAAGGAGAAGAUUGCAACCUACACUCGUCAGGGCUUUGGUAAUUUACCCAUCUGUAUGGCCAAGACGCAUUUGUCGUUAUCACACGACCCCAAGUUGAAGAAUCGACCUGUAGGAUUUAAGAUACCUAUUCGCGAUAUCCGUGCAUCGGUUGGAGCAGGGUUCUUGUACCCACUUUGUGGAGCGAUGCAAACUAUGCCUGGUCUUCCUACUCGUCCAUGCUUCUACGAUGUUGAUAUUGAUUUUGAAACAGGCAACGUUGUGGGUCUGUUCUAAGAAAAAGUCCUAGAUGAGGGUUGAUUUGUACAAUUGUGCCUUCUAGUAAAAUAAACCUGCUUUCUUUCCUUCAUGGAGCGUUAAAAAAAAAGAGAGAGAGAAGUUUCUAUUUUUAUUUUGCUCCAUUUAAACAGAAGUGGGGAAGCAGAGCUAUGGUUGCAACAUGUGAUCAAGAAUGAUAGCGGUAAUCCUCUCAGCCACUCUUUUUCAGAAAAAUGACGCACAUCACAUUUUUAUAACUUUCUUUUGAUGAGUCCACUUGGGCUCAGUGAACAGCAAUAAACACAGGGC